GGUGCGCCUCUAAAUUUCCUGGACAGGAACUACAAUUCCCAGAAGGGUGUGCAGCCCAGCGCCGCCCGAGGCCUUCUGAAGGGGCUCGCUGGCUUCGGCGCCCUGGGAUCUGAACCUACGGGUGUGGUGUCGCGCUCCUGGAGGGAGGGGCGGCCCCGGGGGGGUCGCCUCCUGGAGCCACCCCCGGGACCUCAGUCCUGGAGGAGGCGAGGGCUGCUCCAGUUCUUGGGAUGACUAUGAAUAAGCAGGAGAACUUUCCCUUUACUGGUUCUUCAUUAGCAUCACAAGUUCAUGCUGCUGCAGUUAAUGGAGAUAAGGGGACACUUCAAAGGCUCAUCAUAGGAAACUCUGCUCUUAAAGACAAAGAAGACCAAUUUGGGAGGACACCACUUAUGUACUGUGUGUUGGCCGACAGACUGGACUGUGCAGGUGCUCUCCUGAAAGCAGGAGCAGAUGUCAAUAAAACUGACCACAGCCAGAGAACGGCCCUCCAUCUUGCAGCUCAAAAGGGAAAUUAUCGUUUCAUGAAACUUUUACUUACACGUAGAGCAAAUUGGAUGCAAAAGGAUCUAGAAGAGAUGACACCUUUGCACCUGACCACCCGGCACAAGAGCCCUAAGUGUCUGACACUUCUCCUGAAGUUUAUGGCACCAGGCGAAGUGGAUACACAGGAUAAAAACAAGCAAACAGCUCUGCACUGGAGUGCCUACUACAACAAUCCUGAGCACGUGAAGCUGCUGAUCAAGCACGAUUCCAACAUUGGGAUUCCUGAUGUUGAAGGCAAGAUCCCACUGCACUGGGCAGCCAACCAUAAAGAUGCAAGCGCUGUGCAUACAGUGAGAUGCAUUCUGGAUGCUGCUCCAACAGAGUCUUUACUGAACUGGCAAGACUAUGAGGGCCGCACACCUCUUCACUUUGCAGUCGCUGAUGGAAACGUGACAGUGGUUGAUGUCUUAACCUCAUACGAAAGCUGCAAUAUAACGUCUUAUGAUAACUUAUUUCGAACCCCACUUCACUGGGCAGCUUUACUAGGCCAUGCACAGAUUGUCCAUCUCCUUUUAGAAAGAAAUAAGUCUGGAACUAUCCCAUCUGACAGCCAAGGAGCAACACCCUUGCACUAUGCAGCUCAGAGUAACUUUGCUGAAACAGUGAAAGUAUUUUUAAAACAUCCUUCAGUGAAAGAUGAUUCAGACCUGGAAGGAAGAACAUCCUUUAUGUGGGCAGCAGGGAAAGGCAGUGAUGAUGUCCUUAGGACCAUGCUGAGUUUAAAGUCUGACAUUGAUAUAAACAUGGCGGACAAAUACGGAGGCACAGCUUUACAUGCCGCUGCCCUUUCCGGCCACGUCAGCACUGUGAAGUUAUUAUUGGAAAAUGACGCUCAAGUAGAUGCUACUGAUGUCAUGAAACACACUCCCCUUUUUCGAGCCUGUGAGAUGGGACACAAAGAUGUAAUUCAGACACUGAUUAAAGGUGGAGCAAGAGUAGAUCUAGUUGACCAAGAUGGACAUUCACUUCUGCACUGGGCAGCACUGGGAGGAAAUGCCGAUGUUUGCCAGAUUCUGAUAGAAAAUAAGAUCAAUCCAAAUGUACAAGAUUAUGCAGGAAGAACCCCUUUGCAGUGCGCUGCAUAUGGGGGAUAUAUCAAUUGCAUGGCUGUGCUCAUGGAAAAUAAUGCAGACCCUAACAUUCAAGACAAAGAGGGAAGAACGGCUCUGCACUGGUCCUGUAACAACGGAUACCUUGACGCCAUUAAAUUGUUGCUAGACUUUGCUGCUUUUCCUAAUCAGAUGGAAAACAAUGAAGAAAGGUACACACCCCUUGAUUAUGCUUUGCUUGGUGAGCGCCACGAAGUGAUUCAGUUCAUGCUGGAGCAUGGUGCCUUGUCCAUUGCAGCCAUACAAGACAUCGCUGCCUUCAAAAUCCAAGCUGUCUACAAAGGGUACAAGGUCAGGAAAGCUUUCCGAGACCGGAAGAACCUCCUAAUGAAGCAUGAACAGUUGAGAAAAGAUGCUGCUGCCAAAAAGCGGGAAGAAGAAAACAAGCGGAAAGAGGCAGAGCAGCAGAAAGGACAGUUGAGCCCAAAUUCCCACAGACCUCAGGCCCUUCCCUGUCUUCUCAGCCCCCAUGACGAGCCCAGCAGGCAAAGCAGGGACCCAAGAAAGCAGCCAUCUGCCAGCCACAAAGCCCAGAGCCCUGAGCCAAGAGACGACAGAAGGUCUCCAGGCAGCCCCCCGGGGAAGGGGCAGAGUGUCUCCUCAGACCUCCAGGGAACAGACUCCAGAAAGCCAAAUGAAACGUCCAGGGAACAUUCUAAAGGCCACUCUGUCUGUGUCCGCCUCAGACCCGAUGAAGGCCGUGGUGGAGACUGGUGUUCGGGAGUCUCCUCUGCUGCGAAGUCCAGAGGUGAGACAGCCGGAGAGCAUCGGUGCGAGAAGGGGAAAGGCGUGCCGAAGCAGCCCUCCUCUGUCAGGGGGGCCGGGCCUGACGACAGGGGAGAGGAAGCCGGCCGCGUGGCUGCAAGCCUUCCACUGCAGGACAGGCACGGGAAGCCCAGCAGACGGCGUGACUCAGCACCCAAGGCCAGAAGUGUCCCCCAGAGAAGGCGCACUCAGGAGCUCAGAGGAAGGUGCUCCCCAGCCGGCUCAAGCCGGCCUGGCAGCGCCAGGGGGGAGGUGGUCCACGCUGGGCAGAACCCUCUCCACCACCGCCCACCAAGGAACAAAGUGACACAAGACAAGCUCGCAGGAGGGGUCUGUUCAGAUUUACCAGACAGCCAAAAGGACGUGAGGCCAGGAGCCAGGAAGCCGGGGCCAUCUACCCUCACCGAGAGCAUUCAGGUGUCUAAGGAGACUGACCCAGCCCCUGCGCUCCUCUCUGGGCCGAGUAUGAAUAUUGACCUUCUCCCCAUAGAGCUCCGGCUACAGAUAAUCCACAGAGAAAGAAGUAGGAAAGAUCUGUUUCGCAAAAAGAACAAGGCAGCCACUGUCAUCCAGCGGGCCUGGCGAAGCUAUCAGCUCAGGAAGCAUCUAUCCCACCUUCUGCAACGGAAGCAGCUCAGAGCAACAGACAUGGCCAGAUGGGAGCGCGAGUGCGUGGCGCUGCUCCUCCACGUUUGGAGGAAGGAACUGGCAUUCAAGCUCCCAAAGACCAGUGCAGUAAGCAGGACUCCCCGGAGUCCAUCCAAGGGCAUCACAGGAGCAAAGUCCACCAAGCACUCAGUGCUCAAGCAGAUCUAUGGUUGUUCUCAAGAAGGGAAAGUCUAUCAUCCCACAAGACCCUCAAGACCCCCUCCCGUGCUGCAUCUCAAUUCAGUGAGCAACUUGCAGUGCAUACAUCUCCUUGAGAACACUGGAAGAUCGAAGAACUUUUCUUAUAACCUGCAAUCAGCUACUCAAUCAAAAAACAAACCAAAGCUUUGACUGCCUGUGGAAGACGACUGGAAUAGCUAAUGUAGAGUUCUGAUUCUUUGUGGAUCGUCUUUUACGUCUUAGAAAAACUUUAGCAUCAUGGCUAAGACCUUUCUUGCACUGAAAAUGUGGUAACCACUCAAUAUGUGCAGCUGUUUACACUCCGCUCUUACAUAGUGCUGUUUGUUAACUCAUACAACCUGCACUGAAAGGACCACGACAGACCACGCCCCAGGGGACUGCCUGGGCGCCUUCACCUCUGCAUGGCUGGAAAUGAGAUCUGGUAAUUACAUAAGUGGAACUCAGAAUGUGAGCACCAAAGAGUCUGUUAGGCUGAGACAUUGACAGGUGGCAGGGGCCUGGCUUCUUGGUUCAAGUAAUAAACCUGAGGAGCCUGUCCCACAGCAGCCACCGUUAUCACAUUAUUUCCCUGAUUACCUACUGUAACACAUGACAGACACCACACCUUCACUUACUCCAACACAGCAGUUUUAAAUUUCGUAUCAGAAUCAGGACCCAGUGUCUGCAUUUAGAAACUGUCAGAAGACCAUAGGUACAUUGUCUUGAUUCUUUACAUUUUUCAGUUCCUGAAUUUACCCUCUGAAGACCACAGCCCACUUGUACUUUUUCUGACCAAAUUGUGAGGUGAGCAAUCUUCACAAGAUGCCGUUCCUAUUGACAGGGAAAAUUAUCCAUGUUCUAGCUAAGAAAAUUUGUUUAAAUAAAACUCCAACCAAUAUGGGGUCUUUCACAUUUUUAAGGGUAAGACUAUGGAGGAAAUGUAGAUAGUGGCAUUAGGCUCACAAAUAUUUUUAGGGUCAGUUCUGUUUUUAAGAUCACUACCACCCCUGUACGAAUGGUAAUAGGAAACAAAGUGUUUACCUAAUUUAAUUACCCUGAUUUUUAGUUGAAUAGUCAUUAUUUUCAGAAUUAUGAAAACACAAAUAGGUUUACCUAGAUGACAUCACAAAAAUUCAGUUAACUGGUUAAUAAAUACACAAGUUGCCAGAGUAUCACUGUUACUUUGUAAAUCUCUAACACCUAUGAAAUGUAAAGUGCAUUACUACUUGUAACCAUGUAUCAUGCACUAGUUGUAUCAUGUACUAGUUCAGGAAUCCAGCCUGAGCACCAGUGGGGACUUCCAAGCAUCAUUUCCCUAUUUUAGUGCAAAGGAAAGUUCACAAACAACUUCUUUAAAAGUUUAGCUUUAAUGACAAACAUCUAUUACAUCACUCUCUCUUCAAAAUAAGAUAGAUGUGAAUAAACAAUUUCAAACAG